UCUAGUGCACGCGAGUGCGACCGAAUUAUUAAUAAGUAAUGUCAGCCACUGUAACUGCUGCAGGAAGUUACAAACGUAUUGUUAAAUUAAUUGAAAAAUGGCCUGUAGAUCCCAAUAAAGCUGGUGGAAGGGAUUUAGGAGAAUAUUUGAGAUACUUCAUCAAUAAAGCCUACAGUGACAAUAAGUUUGAAACCGAAUCCAAAUACUGGGAUAAGCAGUAUCUUUCCAUCCAAAAGUUGGUCAACAACACACACAAGAAAUCCAGUCAACGUUCUCUAUCCUCAUCCUCAACAGGACUCACUGCUGAGCAGUGUAAUGUAGCAUUAUCAAAUGAAUUUCUAAAACAUUUGAAAAUGAAAGAAGAAUCAUUCUUCAGAAAAUUGAUUUCUCUCAAACCUGAUGACAAAUAGUUUCAAUAUGUUAAAUAAACAAUCAUUGUGCCAGUGUUAUACACUAAAAUUAGUGAAGAUCCUUGGGAAAAGAUUGUAUCAUGCCCCAAGACAUGUCCCUGUCAUGGUUGAUGAAGUUGUGAGCUUCAUGAAACCUGAACAAGGACAAACAAUACUGGAUAUGACUUUUGGUUCAGGGGGACACAGUCGUAGGCUAUUAUCAGCUGCUGCAAAUAUCAAACUUCUGGCACUAGAUAGGGAUCCUUUGGCUUUAGGCUAUGCAGAAGAAUUAGCACAGGAGUUUCCUUUCCAAGUCACACCACUUCUUGGAAGAUUUUCAGAAUUACCAAAGUUACUUGAAUCAAAGGGUAUUAAACAAAAUACUAUUGAUGGCAUAUUGUUUGAUUUUGGUUGUUCAUCUAUGCAGUUUGAUGAAGCAAGCAGGGGGUUUUCUGUUUCUAAGAAUGGACCACUAGAUAUGAGAAUGGAUGGAGAUAGAUUUUCAGAUUCUCCCACUGCUUCUGAUGUAUUAGCGAAAGCGACAGAAGAAGAUUUAUACAAAAUUAUAAAAUAUUAUGGAGAAGAAAGUUUAGCCCGGAAAAUUGCAAGAGCUAUAAUAGAAGUGAGGUACCUAUUCAAAACAGUUACCACUACGGAAGAUUUAGCGAUAUUGGUGGAAUCGGUUUGUACACAUUCUCAUAGAGUGGAUAAAUUACAAAGGAAAAGCAGUGUUGCCACCAAGACUUUUCAAGCACUCCGUAUAUUUGUCAACAAUGAGUUGAAUGAAAUCAACUAUGGACUGAUUUUGGCACACAAAUACCUGAAAAUAGGUGGUCGAAUUAUAACCAUAACAUUUCAUUCCCUUGAAGACACAAUUGUAAAAAGACACUUAUUCGGGAAUAUAAUACAAAACACAGUGAAUACCCUUCCAUUGAAAUACACGAGUCACUGUACUCAUAUAGAGGAAUCGUUUGUCAAAAAUAUAAUGGAUCGCAAAUGGAAAAUGCUCCAUGGACAUGUUUUAGUGCCAAAGUAUGAUGAAGUGGAAAUGAACCCUAGGAGUAGAUCUGCUAAACUUCGUGCUGCUGUUAAAACUUGCUGAAUUAAAUAACUUAGUCAAAAAUAGAAAUCAACUGGUUUUAUUAAAUGAAUGCAUGUU